AGAAGGAGUGAAGCUCUGGCCCGGCGCGGAGUGAGUGCACUACGGGGACGCUGGGCCGGGCACCGGGCUGUGUGGAUAAGUGAGCGCGCUCGCUUGACCCCGUCCCCGCCACCCCGAGUCAGAGGGCCGACCUCCCGAGGCCAGCACCAAGGCCCCUGUCCUCCGCGCUUUCCGCCCGGCCACGUCGUCGUGCACUCAGCCAGCUCGCCGCUGCCGAGCCUCCCGUGCCCCCGCCCUGCCGCCCCUUCUCCCCCGCCCAGCGGCCAGGUCUGUGGUGGAAGCAGCCCGAACAAGACCUGUCAAGGUGAAGGAUAAUCUACUAAUACCAGCACUUUGAAUGAAAAUUUGUUUUUCUGCCACAAACUGAACACUUUUUUUCGGUGUGUGUGGGGAAGUUGAAACACAAAUCUAACUUUGUGGCAUAGCAGCUAUGCAGCUUGAAAUCCAAGUAGCACUAAAUUUUAUUAUUUCAUAUUUGUACAAUAAGCUUCCCAGGAGACGUGUCAACAUUUUUGGUGAAGAGCUUGAAAGACUUCUUAAGAAGAAAUAUGAAGGGCACUGGUAUCCUGAAAAGCCAUACAAAGGAUCAGGGUUUAGAUGUAUACACAUAGGGGAGAAAGUGGACCCAGUGAUUGAACAAGCAUCCAAAGAGAGUGGUUUGGACAUUGACGAUGUUCGCGGCAAUUUGCCGCAGGAUCUUAGUGUGUGGAUUGACCCAUUUGAGGUUUCCUACCAAAUUGGUGAAAAGGGACCAGUGAAGGUGCUUUAUGUGGAUGACAAUAAUGAAAAUGGAUGUGAGUUGGAUAAAGAGAUCAAAAACAGCUUUAACCCAGAGGCCCAGGUUUUUAUGCCCAUAAGUGACCCAGCCUCAUCAGUAUCCAGCUCUCCAUCGCCUCCCUUUGGUCACUCUGCUGCUGUAAGCCCUACUUUCAUGCCCCGGUCCACUCAGCCUUUAACCUUUACCACUGCCACUUUUGCUGCCACCAAGUUCGGCUCUACCAAAAUGAAGAAUAGUGGGCGCAGCAACAAGGUUGCACGCACUUCUCCUAUCAACCUUGGCUUGAAUGUGAAUGACCUCUUGAAGCAGAAAGCCAUCUCUUCCUCAAUGCACUCUCUGUAUGGGCUUGGCCUGGGUAGCCAGCAGCAGCCGCAGCAGCAACAGCAGCCAUCCCAGCCUCCACCACCACCACCACAGCAGCAACAGCAGAAAACCUCUGCUCUUUCUCCUAAUGCCAAGGAAUUUAUUUUUCCUAAUAUGCAGGGUCAAGGUAGUAGUACCAAUGGAAUGUUCCCAGGUGACAGCCCCCUUAACCUCAGUCCUCUUCAGUACAGUAAUGCCUUUGAUGUGUUUGCGGCCUACGGAGGCCUCAACGAGAAGUCUUUUGUAGAUGGCUUGAAUUUUAGCUUAAAUAACAUGCAGUAUUCUAACCAGCAAUUCCAGCCUGUUAUGGCUAACUAAAAAAAGAAAAAACAGUAUCGUAAAAGUUAAAAGUACAAGAUAAAAUGCUCGAGCCCAAGGAGGAUUUUUUCACCUCCUUGAGAUUUUUUUUUUUUUAAGCUUAUAGUAAAGAUACAUUCAAGCUUGGUUACAAAAAUAAAACAUGCAUCACUUUUCAUUUGCCAACCAAGCACAAAGUUAUUUUAUACUGACUGUAUAUUUUAAAGUAUACUCUCAGAUAAGGCCUCUUACAGUAUUUAAGAUAUAGCAAGGACAUGGCUGAUUUUUUUCUUUUUAUAAAAAAUUGGCACUAAUAAGUGGGUUUAUUGGUCUUUUCUAAUUGUAUAAUUUAAUUUAGUACAAAGUUUGUAAAAUAUCAGAGGAUAUAUAUAUUGUUUCUACGACAUGGUAUUGCAUUUAUAUCUUUUUACUACAGUGAUCUGUGACAGCAGCAGCUUCGUGUUGUAUUUUUUUUACUGAAAUUGUAAAAUAUCCAUCUUAAAGACAUCAGCUAUUCUAAAAAUUGUGUACAGGAUAUUCCUUUAGUGGUGGAAUUAAAAUGUACGAAUAUUUGCUUUUUCAAAAAAUGUAUUUUCUGUUAAAGGUUUAAAGAUUUUUGCUAUAUAUUAUGGAAGAAAAUGUAAUCGUAAAUAUUAAUUUUGUACCUAUAUUGUGCAAUACUUGAAAAAUGGUAUAAAAGUAUUUUGAGUCAGUGUCUUACAUGUUAAGAGGGACUGAAAUAGUUUAUAUUAAGUUUGUAUUAAAAUUCUUUAAAAUUAAAAAUGCUUUUUGUGGUCUUUUAAAUCUUUGCCAAAGAUCCAUCUCUGGAAUUAUGAUGUUGUAAAUGCUAGUGAUGCAGAAAGGUCUGACUCAUUGAAUCACAAAGGAGUAAUGGAAAGCAAGUGCUCUUCUGGUGCACCAGAUAGUAGUUUGCUACCUAAAAAGUUGUCCAACAAAACUCCAUAGCCUGACGAAUGCUUGGGACAGCUUUUUUUUGGCAACUCUUCAGUCCAUAACUGUCUCCCCAUGAUAGGGAUGGUGUGCUAAGGCUUGUCAACCCUAUUUUAUAACAAGUUUUUAAAGUGUGGUGUCAUGCUGUGGAGUCAGGUGAUAAAGUGAAAUUCUCAUGUAAUCUGAGGAUUUAUUUGAGAUGUGUAAGGAGACUAUUGGGUCGUUUUCUGUCUCUAUGGAGGAUGAACAGUUCGUAAAACUUGCUUGGACAAAGCAGCUGACCUAACUUUAAAAAGAUUUAGGUCUGUUUACUAAUCCUUUUACUUAAAGUUCAGUCAUGUCUGUAGCUGGAGAAUUUAUGGUCUAAAUCUAUUCAAGAUUGGACCAGUUGCUAAAUGUUAGCAUUUGUGUGCAUUUUCCCCAGCAAAAAAAGUUUGCAUAUUGGUUUUUCGUUGCAAAUUGGAUAGACAACCUGCUGGUUGGGGGGGGGGGGCGUUAUU